AUGACGACUAUCAAUGCGGAUGUCCACAUCGAGGCCGACGAUAAUCAAUUGGGGGCCGAACCAGCCGUCGUUGAAGUUCUUGGCGUUGACUUGUCGCCUGUUCAGCCCAGCUUUGUGCCUGCAAACGUUCAAUUCGAGCUUGAUGACAUUGAUGAAGAGUGGGCCUACAGUGAGCCGUUCGACUUUAUCCACAGCAGAUUUAUGAAUUUUAGUGUUCAAAACUGGAAAUCCUACCUCACCAAGAUCUACGAAAACCUCACUCCGGGAGGCUACGUCGAGCUUCAAGACGUAGACGUUAUAAUGGGUAGCGAUGACGGAACACUCAGACCAGAUUCGAUAAUGUACAAAUGGUGUCUUCUCCUCGACGAAGCCGCCGGAAAGUUCAACCGUUCAUUCGAAAGAACGACUAACUUUAAGAACCUUCUGCAAGAAGUUGGUUUUAUUGAUGUAGUAGAGACACGCUAUAAGUGGCCUACCAAUGGCUGGCCCAGGGACAAGAAGUACAAGGAACUUGGGCAGUGGAACAACGCCAAUGCGAGUUCUGCACUGGAAGCGUUGACCAUGGCGCCUUUUACCAGGGGUCUUGGGUGGACUCGCGAGGAGGUGGAAUCGUUCUUGGUUGCUUUGAGGAGCGAUUGGAAUGAUCCCAAGAUUCAUGCUUAUUGGCCGAUUUGUGUUACUUAUGCAAAGAAGCCCGAGGCCUGA